AUGGCCGAAAACACCAAGCUCUUCACCCCCCUCAAAGUCGGCGCCACGCAGCUCGACCACCGCAUCGUCAUGGCGCCCCUCACCCGCUUCCGCGCCACCACCGACCACGUCCCCACCCCAACAAUGACCCAAUACUACGCCCAACGCGCCGCCGCCGUCCCCGGCACCCUCCUCCUCACCGAAGCCACCUUCAUCUCCCCCCGCGCCGGCGGCUACGCCAACAUCCCGGGGCUCUGGACCCCGGAGCAGCUCGCCGGCUGGAAGGCCGUCACCGACGCCGUCCACGCCCACGGCGGCAAGAUCUUCUGCCAGCUCUGGGCGCUGGGCCGCGCCGCGUGGCCCGACCCCGAGGGGUCCGGCGGCGCCGUGCGCGACGAUUCGGGCGGGUUCGAUUUCGCAAACGACUUCUGCAGCGCCAGCGACGUGCCCAUGGCGGAUGGGCUCCCCGCGCCGCGUCCCCUCACCGACGCGGAGAUCGGGCGCUUCGUGGAGGAGUACGCGGCGGCGGCGCGGGAUGCGGUCGAGAAGGGCGGGUUCGAUGGCGUGGAGAUACACGCCGCGCAUGGGUAUCUCAUCGACCAGUUCACGCAGGAUGUGUCGAACAGGCGGACGGAUGCGUGGGGCGGCAGCGUCGAGAAGCGGGCGCGGUUCGCGCUCGAGGUGGCGGCGGCGGUGGGAGCGGCGGUCGGGGGGGCCGACCGCGUCGGCAUUCGGCUGAGUCCGUACUCGGAUUUCCAGGGGAUGCGCAUGGCGGAGGGGGCGAUCGAGCCGCAGUUUGCGUACCUGAUCGGCGAGUUGCGGAGGCGGCGGCUGGUGGGGUACUUGCACCUCGUGGAGCCGCGGGUGGCUGGGGUGGUUGAUCGCGACCCGCGGGGCGAGAACUUGAUGUGGGCGCUCGAGGCGUGGGGCAGGGAGGCGCCGGUGCUGGUGGCGGGGGGGUUCACGCCGGAGCUGGCGCGGCAGGCGGUGGAGGAGAGGUACGCCGGGUACGAGGUUGCGGUCGUGUUUGGCCGCCGCUUCAUCUCCAACCCGGACCUCGUGUACCGCGUCAAGAAGGGCGUGGAGCUCGCGCCUUAUGACCGCUUCACUUUCUACAUCAACCAGAAGGCUGGAGACAAGUGCGAGCCGGGCUACAUUGACUACCCUUACUCGGACGAGUACGUCAAGGAGUUUGGCAAGCCUGCGGAGGCGGUUUGA